AGAGCGGAAGGAUUUUAAUACGUACAUUCAAGCACAUUUUCGCUAUCCAAAGACGAAGGCCAUGAUCAAUGAGAUGGGAUAACUAUACAUAAACUUAAAUAAUUCUAGAAACCAAAUUGGAGUGGAAAAAUAUCGCCUUGGGGAAUGUUGCUAAAUAAUCAAAGUCGCUAGAAUAGCCUUCUAGGAGCCGGGACUGAUGCCUGAUUGACAGGACCUUUUUAUGUAAGCUGACCGGAAGUAAACCGCAUUUUGAAUCUCGGUAAAGACACUUCAUUACCAAAACUGUAUACCUUUCAAAUGCCCUUUGCUGGAGGCAUAGUCAAUCGCUUUUUUUUAACGUGUUUUUUUGUGUGACGUGGGCAAGUGCGCAGCUCCCCCUUGCCUGCCCUUGAGGUCUUAUUCAUAAUCAAGUUUUUUUUUCAGGAAGUUACAAAUCUUGAAGUGGAUAUUGUCUUGAAAUAAGUGGCGAUAUAGUUUUAAUGUUUGAGCGUUUACUGUCAACAAGUUGUCAUUUGAUACACAGCACAAACGCUGCAAUCGUCGAAACCUCCAUAUUCACCCGUUAUUCUGUGUUAUUUUGUGCAACAAGCUAGAAACUACGUCAAGCUUUUACCUACUAUUUUGUGUCACUUUAAAGCAAUAAUAUAAAUGGUGCUUUUGAUUUUAACCAGAAUGUUCAAUGAAAACAUUAUUGAGAAACAUAUCCUGCAACGUCAAAAACUACACUUUUAUAACACAAACCCAUAAAUACUCAAAACCCACGUUUGAAAAUAUCUUUAAAACGAAAAGUAAUAUAUCCUAUUAAAAUUGAGACUAUAUCAAAAGCAGGCGUUUUAUGGUUGUUUAGCGAGUUUGACAUCGCUUGUGGAUAGUGCAGGUGUACAUUAAAUCACUUUGAAUGGCACUCGUAACACAUUACUUGGUGUGGCGGGUAGGAUGCGUGGAUUAGCCGAGAAGGAAACCCUUAAUCUCAGAGUAACGGAACCCAAAUAACAACAAUACUCAAACCCAUUAACCUAGCUCUGUGGAUAUUGUGUGAUAUUUGGUAUGGCUAGCCACUGCUCACUGCAUUUUGUUAAUGGGUUAAUGGAGGAUUACUCAUUUAGGAAAUAAACGUUAUGCUUUUGAAAAAACAACAGUUUAACGACAGUCACUGAUAGUGCGACCGAAAUCACAGAUCGGGCCGCGCAAGUAGAGAGCUAUUCAGAAUAAAAGGAAUCCGAGUCAUCUUCUACAUGGCGGAUCUCAUCCCAGAAUGCAUUGUUAACGCCGUAUUGUACCGGAGACCUGUUACAAGAUUAGCACCCCCCGGAAACUCUAUGUACCAAACGAGCUGCUCUUGUGAAGAAUGUCUAAGGAAAAGGGGGGAGCAAGCCUGCGGGCUGGAGUAUGCGCUGGGAGAAAAAGUACCCACCAAGCAGCUGCCGAGCGGUCUGAGGAUCGCGCGCAUCACUGAUGGGCUAUCUAUUCGGUAUGGUAUCAUAAGUGAAGAGGUCAUCAAGUCGGGUACACUGUUUGGGCCUUACAGUGGUCUUGUGGUGAGCUCCGAAGAUCUAGACACUGACGGGGACAACGCUUAUGUCUGGGAGGUUUUCGACGACCACGGCUUUAUCGUCCAUUACGUAGACGGUGAACAAUCUCCUGACAACUGGCUCAAAUUCAUGCGAUGCGCCACAACCGCGAUUUCCCAGAAUGUGAACCUGGUGCAGCGAGGGACUAAGCUUUACUACGAGACGUCACGAGACGUGCUUCAAGGCGAGGAGCUGCUUGUGUGGUAUGGAGAAGGUCACGUGACGAUGAUGGGUCUUCCUAUUGGUUUGGCAGAAAAAGCGAAAGAUGCGACGCAAAACGGCCCCAGCUUCCCUUGCGAGCGCUGCGGUAAGCUGUUUGCGUACGAGUACUACCGUGACAAGCACCUCAAGUACACGCGGUGUCUGGACAAUGGCGACAGGCGCUUUCCCUGCCCGUUGUGUGACAGGUCCUUCGACAAGCGUGACCGUCUGCGUAUCCACGUGCUGCACGUCCACGAAAAACACCGCCCACACGAGUGUCACGUGUGCCAGAAACGCUUCUCCCAGUCCUCCAGUCUGAACAAACACAUGCGCGUCCAUAGCGGUGAGCGCCCAUAUAAGUGCACGUUCUGCGACAAGGCAUUCACAGCCUCCUCAAUCCUGCGCACGCAUAUCAGACAGCACAGCGGUGAGAAACCUUUCAAGUGCAAGUACUGCGGGAGAGCAUUCGCGUCACACGCGGCGCAUGAUAGUCACGUGCGCCGCACGCACACGAGGGACCAGACCUGGACGUGCGAGGUUUGCGGUCAGGUAUUUACGGAUAUGACGCAAUUACAUUACCAUCGAAACACGCAUGCGCCAAAGGUCACAAGCGCCUGCGAGUGGUGCCAUAUGAAAUUCUCGACCCAGUCUCUUCGCGACCAGCACCAAAACAGCUUCGAGUGUUUAGUGGGUGAGGGAAUAUCAGAUGUCCUCAUGCCAAGACCGUAGAACAGCUGGCAAGAGCGAUAUGGUGUCUCAGCAACACUUGCUGUAGGGACUCCGGGGACAUCAUGUGUCGGAUUGACACUAUAAUAAUAAUAUAACUAUAAAAAUGCCAACGAUAGAAAAGAAGAGGUGCAUCUCAGUAGAAAACGAAAUUCGCUUACCCUGGGUACCAGAGUCUCCAGCUUCGUCUGUUUACUAUGCGCCCUUUACUGACUACGAGGAGCGCUGCUUGUAGCCUGUGGUGAGAGGCACAGCGCUACAGAGCGACCGGGAAACCUGUGGUGAGAGGCACAGCGCUACAGAGCAACGCCUGCAAACGGCGCAACCUAGGCUCCCCACCUUGCCAUGCUACAUUAAAAAACCUUCUAUUGCCAAACAAUACAUAUCUCAUAUCUAAUACGCUAAGUGAAAAGUGUGUGCCAUCUCACGGAGAAUAGGAGGAACUAGAAAACUCGUAAGAACCACACGAAUGACAAUCCCUAGCUAAAAGGGGGUACCGGAAAUGGUUUCCACUUUGAAAUGAUAUAGCACAGAGAAGCUGCAAUUCAACGAUUUUUUUUUUAGCAAAAGAAAGCACUCGCAAGUUCGCUCUCCACAGAGACCCUAAAAGUCUGUAUAACUCACAGCCAAAAGCACCAUUGACGUCCAGAACUUCGUGGUUUUCAAACAAAUCACAAUUAAUGUUCAGGAGAAAAACGGAUAAUAAAGGACAAUGUUGACAGGAUAUCACUAUUUGAAGUUUGAAUCAAAGUCUGACUUUUGUUUGCGUAUUGCACGGCGACACGAAAGCCAUUAAGCGCACGCAUUUUGUAAACAAUCAUUUCAAAGAGAUUUUAAUACUGCCACAAUAAUUAAAUACUUAACUUGAAAUUUCGUGGAGAAGUGAAGUGCUCGAGCUCAUAGAUUGGUUGGUCAUUCAAUUGCAAGGGUUAAAUCUAUAUUCUUUUAGAUUUGUGUGGGGCAGUUCGCACAUUUUCCAUAAGCCAGAUUUAUGCAAGACCCCCUUUUCUUUGCAGCAACUGUCUUGGCUGAUCACUAACCCUUUGUUUCAUGGUUUCUCUGUUUGUUUUUUUAGAAGAAAUUGAACAAAAACAAAUCGCUUGUAGUCCCGUCUUGUAGAAUAAUUAAUGUAUGAUAUUGUAUGUCUAGAAAAGGAAAGGUAAAGUCUGAUAACCAUAACAAACAAUUUGGUUAGCUCUGGAGGGGAUGUGCAGUCAUGGAUGUUAUGGAAAGUAUGUAUAUUUUAGAAAAGACUACUUUGGUGGUUGAGUGGGAGGGGCACAACCCGUGUGCCCACCCCGAGCUGCAUGCCUGUACAUAACCAAUAAGCUAAUAGUAAGAUAAUAGCUACUGAAAACCAGUAACAUAAUAGCUACUGAAAAGAUUAAUGCUCAUGUAUUAACAUAAAGUCAACUAUACAGAAUUUAUGAUCUCCUGCUUCUCCCUAACAAUAGCUUCUGCAUGUAAGUACACUGCAGUAUUCACUGGAGCCUACUGAUUUUUAAAGAAUCUGGGUCUCCUUCGUGGCUGUGUUUGCCUUGGUUUAAAAUAAUGUAGCAAUAAAUUUUGUUUUAUUUCUUGGGCAAUGAUUUGCAAUCAUAGUAGUUCUGGACUGGACAUUCUGUGGGAAAAUAGAUUCAAAAUAUAUAAUACUGCAAACCCAGUAUCAAAUAAAAAAAAAACAAUUUUAUGUCUGAUAAGGGCCGAGAAGCGGGGCAGAGAAAUGAGAUUAUUUGGAUUGAUUUUACAUUUCCCUUUAUACACAAGUCUCAUCAAAUAGCACAGAGAUCUACUGAAUGCUUAUUAUUUACCCGUCAUUUUAGGUAUUUGGUUAGUUUGUCUUCCCUUUAUAAAGUUAUUUCGUUUGUCUUCCCUUUAUAAAGUUAUUUUUAUAAACAAAGCCUUACAUUACAAUCGUCAGGCAACGGGAUUUGGGCUGUUUGAAUACCUUUCGCUUUGCCCUAAGGCGAGGCGCUAGUUUGAUUAUCCGAGUUCUUUUAUCAUAAAAUGACAAACAUUGAAAGCCAUGAUAAGCAAACCCUUAAAACGGGGAUAUAAGUCGUCAUACUCACCAAAUAAUUCUUUGAUAUCGCCAUCGUAUUCGCCGUAUAAAUCAACAUUUUCGUAAACAUAGGGCAAGUGCGAAAAAUCAUGGCCGCUUUGUAUCGCUGACUGCCAAAGCUGGCCAAAAUCUUGGUUUCCACAGACAGACAGAGUCCGAAUCGAAUCUGGAAAGGCAACGCAUAGACUACUAAUUGCGCAUCGGGGGAGGGGAUGGGAGAUUUCGUUUCCAAGAUGACGGGGGCUUGUUCCACAGGAAACCCAAAUCGACACGAUGACCGAAAUUAGUGUUGUUCCAUUUGUUGUUAGAUUCAGUUCUGACCGCUAGAACCCAGCGGUUAAUUCAAGCAAGUAAUUGAGACACUUUCAAUCAAAUAUUGUUAAGCAAUUAUCAAAUUUUAAUGGUGGAUGGUUAGUUUGUGUUUUUUUUAUUUGAUAAAUAAACAGUUGUACAUUCAAUUGUAAACAAAAACAAGGGAGUGGUUGACCGACAUUUAAUAAAACAAUAAUUUACUUGCAUGUCUUGGAUGGUGUUUUAUCCUCCAUCGUAUGCACAAUCAUGGAUAUAGG